CUCGUCUUCUCCUCUCCCUCGUGCGCGGCGGCCGGGGAGGGUCGUCGAAUCGAUCGGAGCAGAGACGACCGCCGUAACGGGAUUUCACGCCGGAAAAAUAGCGGAUUCGUCCGCGGUCCAAGUCGCUGCCAAAAAAAAAAGCAUCAGAGGCCGAGAGCUACAUCACACAGACAUUGUGACUUGCAAAUGGCAUCCAGCGGUGGUCGUCAGUGCAUGGCCUGAAAUUUGCAUGUCCUUGUAUUCUUUGUGCAGCUUUGAGUGCUGUUGCUCCUUCAAAUGGGGCUGGCGCCAUCUAAGAUUGAAGAUGAUAAGGUCCUUGUGUUAUGCCAGGAGAGGAAGCGUUUUGUUAGAGAAGCACUAGAUGGAAGAUGUGCACUUGCAGCGUCUCACUGCGCUUAUAUUUACUCUUUGAGAGAAACUGGAUCUCUUCUAAGGAAAUGUUUUGAACUUAAAGUGCUGAAAGAGUCAAUGCUGAAUGUAUUGCCAUCUAUUUUGUGCUCAAAUCAUACGAAUGCUAGAGAGGUCAUUCAGGAUUUUGAAAAUGUCGAUGGUGUUAGAUGCCUUCAAGAGGAGGAAGGAAUUCCUGGGCUCGAAGAGGAAGGAGAGAAUAGUCCAACAAAUAAUAAGGGAGGUGAUUUUGCAGAGCCAGAAAAUGAUUUUGACAACCCAUCCACUGAAACUUUGGUUCAGGUGUCCAAGAACCGGAAUGAUGUGCCUGUUGAAAUUCCGGCAGUGAACCCAGUUAAUGUGGUGCAAUCUUCAACUGAUGUUCUUCCUACGAAUGGGGAAUCAAAGGAACCUUGUCCUGUUGUAAGUAACGUGGUUAAAGAUUUAAACUCAUGCAUGAAAGAGGUUGAGAUAUUAUUCCUUCGGGCAUGCAAUUCCGGAAAAGAAGUACCAAAGAUUCUUGAAGAAGAUAAAAUCCAGUUCCGCCCUCUACUGCCUGAAGAGAUAGCACAUGGAUCAAAGCCAUCAAGUUUCCUGGCAACAUUGUUUUCUUGCUGCAGGGAGGACGUCACUGUUCCUGAAUCUCCUUCUCAAGCUGAGAUAAAGUACCUUACCUGGCAUAGAUCAGUGUCUUCACAAUUGUCACCGUCCAGAAAUCCUCUUGGAACUAGUUCUGGUGGCGAUAUCUCAACACUUGUUAGAUUGUAUGCAUUGGAGAGCAAGCUUUAUGAUGAAGUUAAGGCCAGCAGCACCAUCUGCAGGAGGUACGAUGAGAAAUGUAAGAAACUGAGACACCAAGAAUCAAGAGGGGAAAAUCAAAUUAAUAUCGAUUUUACCCGUGCUACUGUAAAGGACUUGCAUUCCAGAAUUCUAGUGGCUGUUCAGAAAAUAGACUUCAUUUCUAAGAACAUAGAAGAUCUAAGGGAUAAAGAUCUUCAACCACAGCUGGAUGAACUAAUAGGAAGUUUAAAUAGGAUGUGGGCAACAAUGCUUGUGUGCCAUCAGCACCAGUGCACGAUAAUUAAGUUAGUAUGCAGAAGCUGCAAUCUGAAAAUAUCACUUCAGUCAGAAUCUCAAUGCCAAGCUGCGCUUCUCCUCUCAGUUGAGCUGAGAAAAUUAUGUUCUAACUUCCAAAAUUGGAUGGCAUCCCACAAGGCUUACCUCUGUAGCCUGAACUUAUGGUUGCACAAGUGCAUGAAACCAUUGAAGAGGAGCAAGGGCUCCAGGAAGCAAAAUGCUGUAAACGUUUCACUAACAGGGUGUGCUGUCGCACCAAUUUUUACAACCUGUGAAAUCUGGAUAAAACUUUUGGAUGAUUUACCAACCAAGGGCUUGGAAGAUGCCAUUGAAGAUCUCAUUGCAGAUAUAAGCCACUCCAUUCCCCACCAAGACAAGAUACCAAAUGAUGGAACGGGGGGAGAAAUCCCCGCUAGUUUUGCCCCUGCUGAUCCACAACCGAGUCUGUUGAGAUUUCUAGAGAAGCUUGAAGCCUUUUCAGAAAUUUCACUGCAGAAGUACAUUGAUCUGCAGAAAAGCAUCAGUGCAGCAAAGGAGAUUUUUUGGAGAAAGGAUUGAAGUAGCGAUUGCAAAUAGCUCAUAUUGGUGAACACUGGACUGUAGUCUAGUCCCUUUUGAGUUGGCUAAGUAAAUGAUCCUUGUGUAAAUUUGAGGUCUGCUGGUGGUGGUGAAACUACGCAACUAUUGUUUUAUGUCAGUUGUAAAGUAAUCUGGUGAUGUAAGUAUAGUGUUGUAAUUACGCUGCAAGUGUGCUGAUAUGUAUAUGAAGUGUAUUAAUCAAAUUCCAGAAGAACAAUUCAGUGGGAA